CGCUGAGGAAAAAACUCAGUCGAUGAUCGCGUCUCGUGCUCUCGUCGCAUUCAACAUUCAUCUGCUUGGACUCUGAAAAAGAUGCACUCUUGAUGUGAUAUCAUUCCGAAGGUAACAUCCAAAAACGCGAUAGUGAACACCUGCAAUUGCGCCCGCCAUGAACAUAUCCCAUUCCAUUCCGUCCACCGUCUCAAGCAUCUCGUUUUCAUUCCUGACAGCGGAGGACACCCGGAGGAUAUCAGUCAAGCAGAUUUUGAACCCAGUAUUGUUGGAUGAUUUGAACAGGCCGAACAUUGGAGGCCUGUAUGAUCCUGCUCUUGGUCCCAGCGAUCGUCAGGAUAUCUGUGCAACAUGUCACCUAACUUACUUCACGUGCCCAGGCCACUUUGGUCACAUUGAACUGCCUGCCCCUGUGUAUCACCCUCUGUUCAUGACGAACAUGUACAAUAUUCUUCGCGGAGCGUGCUUGUUUUGUCAUAGAUUCAAGCUGAGUAGAUCAGUGAUCUGCAAAUAUGUUGCCAAGUUCCGCCUACUGGAACACGGUCUCCUGGAAGCUGCUCUCGACGUGGACCACAUCACCUUACACACAGCCGAUGAUGAUGACGAAGACAGCCGCGAUGAAACUAUCUCUGAAUUGGAAUCUCGUGUUAACUUAUUUGUCUUAGUGCAUCUCAGCAAGGCUUCCAGCAGCAAGCGGGAUCAUUACAAAGACAGUCUUGUCUAUCAAGCCCGAAAAGAUCUCAUCCAAGAGUUUUUGAGAACAACUAUCACCAAAAAAUGCAGCAAUGAGGGAUGUGGCGCCUUCGGCUACACCUUCCGCAAGGAGGGAUUCACCAAAAUCAUUGAAUACGAUCUCUCUGUCAAGCAAAAAAACCAGCAUCGAGCCGUCAACCUUAAAAGGCCAGACGUCCUCUUGUUCCAGCAAGCCACAGAUACUUCAAAAUCUCGUCCAGAACCUUCAAAUACUAUGGACGUAGACUCCGAAUCUGACUCUGAACAAGAGGGGGAGCCGACAUACUCAGACGAGGAAGAGGAACUCCAAGCUACGCUCUCAAAAGAGAACGGUCUUCCUCGUGCUGCUAAUGGCAAAGUCAAGACCACGCGCGGUCGCAACGAGCGUGUGAUGGCACCAGAAGAAUGCCGUGCCCAUUUGCGUCUUCUUUUUCGUAACUGCCCUGAGAUUUGCUCCCUCAUCUUUGGCCGACAUGGGCCCUUCUCUCCUCUGAAUGCUGCUGGUCUGUCGCUAGCAUCUGCCGACAUGUUCUUCAUGGAAGUAAUCCCUGUUCCGCCAACGCGGUUCCGUCCGCCUGCUACAAUGGGUGACACACUGUUCGAACAUCCCCAGAAUGAGCUCUUGGCCAAGAUCUUGAACACAUCAUAUAGGCUGCGUGAUUUAAACGCGGACCUGCAGGCUGCGUCUGCCAAGGAAUUAGGCGUUGACGAUACGACGCGACGACGCGUCCUUAGUGGUCUACUCGAGGGGCUCGUUCAGUUGCAAGUCGACGUUAACAGCUUCAUCGACAGCAACAAAAAUCCUGCACCCGUCCGCAACGGUAAACUUCCUCCCGCUGGUGUCAAACAGGGGCUCGAAAAGAAGGAGGGUCUCUUCCGUAAACACAUGAUGGGUAAACGUGUCAACUAUGCAGCGCGCUCCGUCAUCUCACCAGAUGUAAACAUUGAGCCGAAUGAAAUUGGCAUCCCUCCUGUCUUUGCGAGGAAACUUACCUUUCCUGAGCCUGUCACUCCUGCCAAUUUCCACGAGUUGCGGCAAUGGGUAAUUACUGGUCCGAAGGGCUACCCAGGAGCGACGAUGGUAGAGUAUGAAGAUGGGCAUAAGCAAUCCUUGAGAACGGCGAUCGCCAACCAGCUGCUGACACCACAAGAUGGCAGUGAUAGCUCUUCAGGUCGCCGCGGACUCUCAACGCGAACGGCUUCCAUCAACAAGAAGGUGUAUCGACAUCUUCGUGACGGCGAUAUCCUAAUCCUCAAUCGUCAACCAACCCUUCACAAGCCGAGUAUGAUGUGCCAUAAGGCUCGGAUUUUACGAGGUGAGAAGACGAUACGGAUGCAUUAUGCGAACUGUGCAGCUGAUUUUGAUGGUGACGAAAUGAAUAUCCAUUUUCCCCAAAACCAGGUCGCUCGUGCUGAGGCUAUGCUAAUUGCCAAUACUGACAAUCAGUAUUUGGUCCCGACGUCUGGUAAACCCUUACGAGGCCUCAUCCAGGACCACGUUGUUGCUGGUGUCUGGAUGACCUGUCAAGACGCUUUCUUUUCUCGGGAGGAGUACUUCCAGCUACUAUAUGGAGCGCUCCGCCCUGAGGAUGAGAGUCAUCAUCUAGCACGGCUGGUCACUCUGCCUCCAACCAUUUGGAAGCCACGUCCACUAUGGACAGGCAAACAGGUCAUCUCAACGGUCCUGAAAAACAUCACGCCUAGCAACGCGGAGGGCUUGAACCUUGAUUCCAAAGCUAAAGUUCCUGGCCAUCUAUGGGGCAAACAUUCCUCAGAAGACAAAGUUAUUUUUGUUGACGGCGAACUUCUCUGUGGGGUUCUUGACAAAUCCGCGUUCGGAGCCACCGAUUAUGGCCUUGUGCACUCGGUAUACGAGCUGUAUGGAGCUGAUAUCGCUGGGAAGCUUCUCGGCAUUCUCAGCCGGCUAUUCACAAAAUUCCUACAACAUCGGGCCUUUACGUGUCGCAUGGACGAUCUGGCAUUAACGCCUGACGGAGAUCAGAGAAGAACUGAGCUACUCCAACGUGGCCGUGAUCUCGGGUUUGAGGGUGCCGUCGAGAAUUUCCCUUCGUUGAGCAAGCUGUCCAAGGAUGACGUCCCAGCAGCAUUGACAACAUUGCUCGAAGAUGUUUUGCGAGACGAUAGUAAAAUGGCUGGUCUCGAUGUUACCGUCAAGACCAAGCUUUCGGGCCUAACCAAAUCCAUUGCCGACGCUUGCAUGCCUCACGGUCUUCUGCGCAAGUUUCCUGACAACCACAUGCAAACUAUGACGCUAUCUGGUGCGAAGGGUAGUGCCGUCAAUGCCCAGCAGAUAUCAUGCGCACUCGGCCAGCAGGAACUCGAAGGUCGUCGCGUACCCGUUAUGGUCAGCGGAAAGACUCUCCCAUCUUUCAAAUCCUUCGAGACGAAGGCCAUGGCAGGUGGCUAUGUGGCCAGUCGCUUCUUGACCGGCGUCAAGCCGCAAGAAUUUUAUUUCCAUUGCAUGGCUGGACGUGAAGGUCUUAUCGAUACUGCCGUCAAGACGUCUCGAUCCGGCUAUCUUCAGCGGUGUCUCAUCAAGCACCUUGAGGGCAUUCGCGUUCACUACGAUCAUACUGUCCGUGGCAGCGACUCAUCCAUAUACCAGUUCCACUAUGGCGGCGAUGCACUAGAUGUCACAAAACAGAAGCACCUCUACCAGUUCGAGUUCAUCGCCCGGAACCAGCUCACCCUUCUUAACUUGUACAAGCCCAAGAACAUUGCUGGUCAUAUCAACGACGAAGACGCCAUUUCUUAUAUGAAGAAAACUCUCAAGAAAUCACAAGUGCGUCCAGACAAGUACACGCCCGCUGAGCGAGAAGAGCGCGCUCCAGCAUUGGAUGUUUAUAGCCCUGGUCGAUACCUCGGCAGUACGUCAGAGAAGUUCGCGGAGGCAUUGGCUCAGUACGUCAAGUCUAACCCUCAUGGGUUAUUGAUCAACAAGGACAAGAAGGCGAAGGACGUCCCCCAGAUCAAGCAUCGGCGUGAGCCCGUGAAAGCCAAAUUUUUCAACUUGCUCAUGAAUAUCAAGUACAUGAGAAGUUUGGUGGAACCAGGGGAGGCUGUUGGUUUAUUGGCGUCUCAGGGUGUCGGAGAACCUUCAACUCAAAUGACGCUGAACACGUUCCAUUUCGCAGGCCAUGGAGCUGCCAACGUAACACUGGGUAUUCCUCGACUGCGGGAGAUUGUGAUGACAGCUUCCCAAAAGCCCAAGACACCUUCCAUGACCAUAGAAGUCGCACCUGGCGUGUCCCAGUUGGACAUCGAUAUUUUUUGCAAGCGGGCCAGCAAAUUGACGUUGUCUCAGCUGGUCGACAAUGUGACAGUUAAAGAGCGUUUGACUGUGCAAAGCGACGCACGUCGGACCGAAUUUGUCAUUGACAUCGCCUUCUUCCCUGCGGAAGAAUACACCAAGGAGUAUGACAUUCUACCCGAGGAGGUUCUUGCCGUGUUUGCGGCGAAAUUUCCGUUAAUCCUCAAGAAGGAGAUUCAGACGGAAAUGAAGAAGCUCGACACAGAUCUCAAGGGCCAAAUAACGCAGCUCGGAAAAGGGAAGGCGUCGAAAGAACCUGUCGCUGGCGAGGUGGAGGCUGAAGAUGGCGAAGGUGAGGGCGAGGGCCGAAGCCGUGGCAAGGAUGACGAUGACCGGAGUGAGCAAGGAGACGGCGAUGCUGUUGACGCAAAGCGAGCCCGUCAACAAAAGGAGCAGGCGUCCUACGAGUCUGACGAUGACAAUGACAGGGAUGAGUUGGAUGAUGCCGCUAUCGAGGCCGCUUAUGCCUCAGACGCAGAGGAUGGCGAAGGCGAAGGCAACGACGACAAGAUUGGUCGACCGACGACUAUUCAUGCACAGACUCAAAUCGUGGCGGACGCCUUCAUUAAUAACUUUCAUCAAGCAACGUCAUUCACUUUUACGAAGUCAAGAUGCUCCAUCCGGCUUGAGUUUCCUGCAGACUUUCCAAAAAUUUUGUUGGUGGGCAUAGUCGAGCGUACUUGUCGAAAGACUGUUAUUCGGGAGAUCCCUGGCAUCACGGAUUGUUUUAGUGCAGUUGUGAAAGAACGCGGAGUGGAGAAAAUACGCCUCACUACGAACGGAUCCAACUUGCGGGGUAUCUGGCAAUUUACAGGCGCGACAGAUGACAACAUCAUUGAGCUGGAUACAAUUUACUCCAAUGAUAUCUACUCCAUCCUCAAAGCUUAUGGUGUGGAGAUGGCGCGUGCUGCUAUACUACGCGAGAUUGGUGGAGUAUUUGACGCCUACAAAAUCGAUGUUGAUGGGAGGCAUCUGGAACUUAUUGCGGAUUAUAUGACAUUCGAAGGCGCAUACAAGCCAUUCAACCGUAAGGGUCUCUCAAGCAACCCUUCGCCCCUUCUGAAGGCGUCAUAUGAGACGACUGCCGCCUUUCUUUCGGACGCGACAUUGUAUGGUGACUUUGACGACUUGUCCACGCCGUCGGGUAACCUGGUUAUGGGGCGUCCUAAUCAAACGGGUACUGGGGUUUUCGAUGUAGUGAUGCUCGCGGAAGUUCCUACCUGAUAUACGUACUUGUUAUGUCUUCCAUGUUGUUUACGAGUGACGGAAGAACACGUUACGUCACGCGUUUGACGGAAUCCGGCUUUUCGCGAGGGCUAAGCGCCUU